CUGUCACCCAGCUGAGAAGGAGAGGCGUCCCACCAACCUUCAAGGCUCUUGUUUGUGUUCUUCAGUUUUCCGUGGGAACUACAGUCCUGAUGGCGUUGAAACCAUAAGCCCUGUGAAUUCCCCCUCCUCUGUCCUCCACGAGAAAGGGAUGAAGCUGGCUCAAGAUAAGGAGAAAGGGUCCCUCAAAUCGUCUGCGACAGAGUUCCCCCACAUGCAACAGCUCCACCAGAUCAGCGAGGGUCACCAGUCCCCCAGUCAGCCAUUGCAGGGACCCCCGAAUGCCAAAGGAAAUCAGCGCGUCGUCACCUUGGCCCAGCACAUCAACGAAGUCAUCACUCAAGACUACACACGCUAUAAUCCCCAGCAACACAAUCCCCACAUCCAGCCUCCCGUCUACUCCUACUCGGGGGCUGCUGGCCCUGUGCUGGACCUUCGCCGAGCUCCUUCCGAAUCUUACCUCCAACACCAACCAAUGGAACACGUUUCAUCGUCUAGGAUUUCCCCCGAAAAUGAAGCAGACCAAAG